AUGCGUUGGGGACACAGCCUGCACACGGUUACGCGUGAGGCUAUGGAAGAGCCGUGGCGCGGAGAUCCAACUCGUCGGGGGCGAGGACCAGCGGCUUUGGUCACAGUGCGUCACCCAGAGCGAAAACACGGACGGGAACGGCAUCAGGGUGGGAGGCAGGGGGGGAAGGGUUCGACUCUCCUCCGCACCGCCCCAGAGGUUCUCCCCGAUGCUGCUGCUGCUGCUGCUGCGAUGAAACUGUCGGUCGCACCUGCCCAUGGUGGGGUUGGCGACACCGCCACCGGCCAACCCGUUUCUCGUGAGAUGAAAGGGUCAGCGGGCACGGCAAAGGUGGCAGGGCGGGUGGUGACCGGGAAAGGAAGAGCGGGGUGCGGCAGCAGGGUGGCGAGGCUUGGAUCGGCGCUGGACAACGUCGAGACGCGCGCGGACGAGGCUAGGGGGCGGAGCGGCAGGGGAGUCAGAGCCAGCUCUGGGCAAAGGCUGAACCUGCCGUGCACAAAACGGCAUGUCAAGAUCGUCAGAGCUAUAACUGUCGGCGACGCUAGUGCGGCGGCAGGCAAUGGCGUCGGUGGCGUCGGUGGUGGUGGUGGUACCAGAGGCACCAAUGGCUCGGGGCCCUACCCCUGCACGCCAAAGUCGAGCAGCGGAGGCAAACAGGUGAACACCAUAAGCCCAUCGCCAGCGUUGUCACAAGCAACCGCAACAGCAGCGACGGCAGCACCACCACCAUCACCGGUGUCAGCAGGCGUAGGCACGGCCGUAGCAGUGGCCCCGAUAGAAGGCGCGGUUUCGCUCAGGACUGUGGGAAAGACCGUCGCCUUCUUGGCUAACCUGGCCUCGCCGUCUGCGGCAGGGCGAGACGGCGAUGGCGGUGUCUUCGGCGGGGGCGGAAAAACUGCCGGUGUGAGCGGGACGGGGUCUGCGUACGGGCCGAGGCAGUGCUGGUACAGCGCCGCGGCCGCCAAGCAGAUAUCGGACGAGGCCCACGAGGGGCAGGACAGCGCGGAGGAGGAAGGACAGGCGGCGCUGGAGCUGGAGCGUCGCCUCCACGCCCCCCCCGCCAUCCAGUUCGUCACUGAGACCCGCCGAGGUGGCUUCAACAAGGGGUCGACCAUCACGUACGGCUCAACGAUAACUCUCCAGGCGUUCCACGGAGGUAUUCUUUGCUUCAACAACAAGGGAAAGGCCCAAGCUUCGGCCUUGGGGGCGCAGCCGAACGCGCUGCUGACCGUGUGGAACUUGCAGGACCUUCAGAGCAAGGGCCCCGUGAGGUACGGCGACGUGCUGUUACUCCAAAUGGGUCGACACGAGGUGAUGGGGUCCUCCCUCAUCAUGCACAAGGAGCCAGAGACGCCGGGGAGCACGCACAGCUCGAAACGGUCGGGAGGGGUUGGAUCACAAGCGUCGGCCGGGGGUGUGACCGGAGAGCAACAAACGGAAGACGCGACGCGGAAUCGGACAUCCGCAGGGUCGAGAGCGGGCCCUUCGAAAUCUUCGUCGGGCGGCAGCGGGGGCUCCGCGGGUGGGGGCGUGGGUGCUGCCGUUGGUAACCCCGUGGCGGUGCCCUUCCGGGGGAAGAACAUGGACAAGGCCAAGCACACGGGGCGAUGGGUGAUUUUCCACAAGGACGACCCCGAGGCUACCCAAGGGUCGGAAGUGUGUCACCUCGACCGGGUGGUGCUGAUGCAGACCUGGCUGUCCCUGGCGUCCGACAGGCCCGCAGACGCGUGCCUCAAGCAGUGCGGCUCCGUGGACGACCACUGCUCCCGGCAACAGCACCAGUCGCGGUCGUCAACGGCGGGGAGGGAAAGAAGCGACGGCGGCGUUAGUGGACGGGGAGGAGGGGGACGGACGGGAGCGCGAGGCGACGGGGCCGGGGAACAAAGAGGUUCCAGACAGGACGUGGUUGUCGCCAAGAGCGUGUUCGCCGUUCGGCCGGAGUGCGGCUGGGUUAUCAGCGGCGUGGAAGACUCCGGGUCCGGAAAGCGCACCGGCGGUGGCGGCGGCGCGGGUGGGAGAAGCAGCUCGGCGACGCUGCUCGAGGGGGCGGCGACGCGGCAGCUGCGACGAAGCAAAAGCGCGAGGCUGAUCACAGCGACGAGUGUCAUCCUUCAGAUGAGAUCCAACGGGCAAUCGAUCGUCCGAAGGGCACAGGAAAUCUUCGACGAGACGCAGAGGCGGCGGCUGGCCUGCCUGAGGCAGAAGCUCCUCCGGACCUUCCGCAGGGAGCGGUCGAGGAACUGGCUGCCCAAGCGCGGUGGCGACCGGCAGCUCAGCAUCGUGUACGGCCCCUCGAGCCCGUGGGGCAAGCGGGAGGCCCUUCGCCUCCAGCGCGAGCAACAUAAGCAAUUCGAGAAGGUUACGGCGAAGGCUAAGAUCGUGGGCGACAUCCGCAACCCCACGCCCUUCGAAGUAACCCGGGCGGAGAACGGUGCUCUGGCAACCGAAGCCAAGGUGAAACAGGAAGUAUGGGACGCGCUGCUGAAGCGCUACGGAUACCAGGAGGUGACGGACAUGCUCGCCCUGAUGCACUCGGCGUCGGUCAUCCGGAGGGCCGUCCGGGCGAUGCGGCAGCGGAAGUGGACGAGGAAGAUGGCGAAGAUAGACCCGGAGAUGGUGGAGAAGGUCGAACGCCUCAGAAAGAUCCAGGAACAACGCAAGGCCAAGAUGAACGGCGGCGGGGUGAGCGCGACCUCGAGCGGCCGAGGCGUAGACUCGGCACCGUCGGUGACGAACGGCGAGGAUGAGCCGAGGGACGACCACGCUAUCGCCGCGACCGGCCCCGCUUCCGCCGGGACCGCUGGUGCUGCUGCUGCUGCUGCUGUCGCCGCCCCCUCCGCCCCCGCUAGCGUCACCGCGACCGCCGACCGCGGCGCUCAACGGCCGUCUCGCCCCUACGAGGCUCUGCUGGCGGGGUCUUUGGAGAAGUUCGAGGGUGAUCAUCGUCACGGACACGGUGGCGGGGAUGGCGGCGGCAGUGGCGACGCUACGGCGAAAGCAUCCGGAGGGAGUCUGACGCGGGGUGCCCGAGGCGGGCGACCGUUGUCUUCGGGCGGUAAACCUAGGUUCAAUACCAUCGGAGGUCGAGGGAAGGACGCCGAAAGGGAGGAGAGCUGCAGGGAGAAGGAGCGACAGACUCGGGCGAAGGCGCGGCCGAAAACUGCGGGGGAAGGGUCCGGAGGAGUACAGGGCGUCCUCGCGAGGAUGGGCGGAUACGAGAAGUCUGUUUUUCGAGAGUUCGGCGGCGAUGGCCGGGGCGGCGCCGUUGACCAGCAACUGUCGCGCGACGUGGUCCUUUUAGAGGACCUCCGUGGCACGCUGACACAGGUUAUGGCGUGGGAUCUCACCCAGGGGGGAGCGGGAACUGACCCUGCCGCUGCCGGAUCCGUCGCCGCCGGCCACGGCACCGGGGGAAACACCCAAGAAAAGGGGGUCUCCCCUGACAGCUCUCUCGUUGACGAGUCGCCGGUGGCCAAGAACCACCACGCAGCGUCGAGGCUGUCGGGAGUAGCAGCAGUCAAGACGAACGGGAAAGAUAGGCGGGCUAGCGCCAGCUCUUCGGGGUUGGAGGUCAGCGAGAGGAACGUCGGAGGAGCCGGCGACGAAAACCUUGUGGAGCACGUCCCGGUGACCCUUGCGGGACAUCACGUCGACGGCUCGGACGAAUUUUUACGCCACACCGGUGAAGAUCCCGGGGCAUCGCCGACAGCAACACGGCAGCGUUCGGCCUGUCCUCGUGGAAGACGAGUCGUCGGCGGAGGCGGUAGCGGCGCUGCUGAGGACGCGAACUGGUCUGCUAGCACAAGCGACGAUGCCGGCAGCACGUCGACAGCGGCCAGCGCGGCCAGCGCGAGGAGCUGCAAGAGGCGAACCCCUCCCGCCCCGCUUACCGACGACGAGCGCAUGAGCAUGCUCCAACACAUCAGACCUUCGGUGUUUGGCGAGCCGACCGCGUUCAGCCAACGGCGCCGUGCAGCGGUGACUGCCGCUCGCCCGCGAUCUGCCGCAGCCGGGGCCGUCGAACACUCUGGGCAUCGACGAGGCAUCCCGGGUGGUAACCACCACCAGCCCCCCCGUGCAUCAACAGCCCGAAGGACGUCGCGUAGAGGAGAAUCAGACUCAGUAUACCGGGGUAGCGGAAUCGGGGCUCCGAAGCACAGAGGUAUUCUGGUCCACGACGGCUGGGUCGCCGGGCAGGGCGAGCCAUCGUCGUGCGCGUUUUCGACUUCGACGGGAGCAACACCGGCUUCGGAAAGUCGACCGCGAAGCCUCACCUGCCGGCGACUCUAA